GUGGAGAAUGCGUAAAUUAUUUAGGUUCCAUUUUAAAAAAAUAAAAAAAAAGACAUUGAAUUGAAGAUACAUAAAUUGGGGAGUGCAUACCCAACUCCAUAAUAGAUGCUUUGACUUCAAUCUCAAUUGUCCUCUUCUUCUUCUUCUUGUUAAUGUUAGGUUAAUCUUGUUCAGAUUCCAACAUUCUUGAGAUUGUUGAGAGAAAGUUAAAGUAAAUGGGUAGCAAUUUCAGAAGAAUUGGGAAAUUGGCUGCAAUUUCAUCCAAAAAUCAAAGUUGUAGGGGACUUUCCUCAUCGCUUAACAAAAAUGACACUUCCACCAAAUCUGUCAACCUUUUCUCUGCUAUUAAUCAAGCUCUUCACAUCGCUUUAGACUCUGAUCCUCGUUCUUAUGUAUUUGGCGAAGAUGUUGGUUUUGGUGGUGUCUUUCGUUGCACUACUGGGCUAGCUGACCGAUUUGGAAAACAGAGGGUCUUCAACACUCCUUUGUGUGAGCAGGGCAUAGUUGGAUUUGCGAUUGGUCUUGCUGCAAUGGACAAUCGAGCUAUAGCAGAAAUUCAAUUUGCAGAUUAUAUAUUUCCUGCUUUUGAUCAGAUUGUCAAUGAAGCUGCGAAAUUCAGAUACCGGAGUGGUAACCAGUUCAACUGCGGAGGUUUAACUAUAAGAGCACCUUAUGGAGCUGUAGGACAUGGUGGGCAUUACCACUCUCAAUCCCCUGAAUCUUUCUUCUGCCAUGUUCCUGGUAUAAAGGUGGUCAUCCCACGCAGUCCACAGCAAGCAAAAGGAUUGCUGUUGUCAAGCAUACGUGACCCAAAUCCAGUUGUUUUUUUUGAACCAAAGUUGCUUUACCGGAUGGCUGUUGAAGAAGUUCCUGAAGAUGAUUAUAUGUUGCCUCUAUCUGAGGCAGAGGUCCUCAGGGAAGGUACUGAUAUCACAUUAGUUGGUUGGGGAGCUCAGCUUUCUAUUAUGGAGCAGGCAUGCGUAGAAGCUGCAAAGGAGGGGAUCUCUUGUGAACUGAUAGACCUUAAAACUUUAAUACCAUGGGACAAGGAAACGGUAGAGGCCUCUGUCAAAAAGACAGGAAGGCUGCUGAUUAGUCAUGAAGCUCCUGUGACAGGUGGAUUUGGUGCUGAAAUAUCUGCAUCUAUAGUUGAACGUUGCUUCACGAGAUUAGAAGCUCCAGUGGCCAGAGUGUGUGGGUUAGAUACUCCUUUUCCUCUGGUGUUCGAGCCCUUCUACUUACCUACAAAGAACAAGAUACUGGAUGCAAUCAAAUCUACUGUGAAUUACUAGUGCUCAUUCAGUCGUGCGGAGAUGCUGGAGUGUUAUAGUAGUGAAUAUUUAUUUAUAUGUAUUGCCAUAGAUUAUGAUUCGGGGUUUUCUCUAUUAGCAUACAUAUACAAAACACUGUUAUUAAUAGCUUAUGCAACCAAAAAAGGUCAUGUAUUCAUUUA